AUGUCAGCACCAGCCAGUUUGAUCGCUGACAAGGGCUCUGUACGACUCACACCCUUCCCCCUCCACCUGACUCUUGCUAGUCACCGCAGUGCUUUGGAACACAGCCGCCCUCACUGCUGCUCACGGUGGACACCUCUGAACAAAGCGGACAUGGGCCCGUGGGUGGUCUCGGAUGGAAAGGAAGGAGAGAAAAGCAGGCAGGAGACAGGCAGACCAGAGGCUUUCCCUCACCCUCAGAGAUCGCAGGCCGAGAGCACGCGCCUGGGGUCCAACCGCAACUUUUCCCAGAAGUGCGGGACAGGGACUGGCACUUUACCUCAGCUCGACCCACCGGUUAAACAGGUGGUGGUGACCAAUGGCAAGCUCCUCCACCAAUCUGAUGGCACCUUACCCAACAUCGUCAAACAGCUGGUGCAGAAUGUCCAGCAGAGUCAGGAGGAGCGAGAGAGGCCACGGCCGCAGUUCUCAGCACGUUUUGGGUCUUCUGUGGACAACAUCUCAGAGUCUCUAACCAGAAGCAUCAUUAACAAGUUUGAGAAGAUCAGGACUUAUGAGGGACAGCGGCUACCCAUGUCACCAACAGCUGCACUGAAGCACUUUCAGAGCCAGCUCACAGAGUAUGAGCAGGAGGAAAUUAUGGACUACACCGAGAUCUGGUAUCUGGGCUUAGACACCAAGAAGAUCCAGGGCUGUCAGGGAUCUGCACAGAAUUCAGGCUAUGACGAUGAGCAUGGCAGCUACCUGAAGGUCCUUCACGACCAUAUCGCCUACCGCUAUGAGGUCCUGGAAGUGAUUGGGAAGGGAUCUUUUGGACAGGUCCUCAAAUGUCUGGAUCAUAAGACAAAUGAGAUGGUGGCCAUCAAGAUCAUUCGCAACAAGAAAAGAUUCCACCAACAAGCGUUGGUUGAGCUGAAGAUCCUGGACGCACUGCGACGGAGAGACCGAGACAACUGCCACAACGUCAUCCACAUGAAGGAGUAUUUUUAUUUCCGCAACCACCUCUGCAUCUCCUUUGAGCUCCUGGGAGCAAACCUGUAUGAACUGAUCAAGAAGAACAACUUCCAGGGCUUCAGUCUGGCUCUGAUCCGACGCUUUGCACACUCUUUGCUCAAGUGCCUGCAGAUGCUCCACAGGGAGAAGAUCAUCCACUGUGACCUCAAACCGGAGAACAUUUUGCUAUCCCAGCGAGGACAGGGAAAUAUCAAGGUGGUUGACUUUGGAUCAAGCUGUUACGAGCAACAGAGAGUGUACACAUACAUCCAGAGCCGUUUCUACCGCUCUCCGGAGGUGAUCCUGGGCCACCCGUACAGCAUGGCCAUAGACAUGUGGAGCCUGGGCUGCAUCCUGGCCGAGCUUUACACGGGAUACCCGCUUUUCCCCGGGGAGAGCGAGGUCGAGCAGAUCGCCUGCAUCAUGGAGGUGAUGGGGUUGCCUCCAAACGACUUUGUUCAGACUGCAUCCAGAAGAAGAUUAUUUUUUGAUUCAAAAGGAAAUCCGCGGAACGUCACGAACAGCAAGGGGAAAAAACGCAGACCCAACUCCAAGGAUCUUGCCAGUGUACUGAAGACCAACGAUCAUCUGUUUUUAGACUUCAUUAGGCGCUGUCUUGAGUGGGACCCCGUGAAGCGCAUGACUCCGGAUGAGGGCAUGCAGCACGAGUGGAUCCACGAGGGCCGGCUUAACAAGCUCCGCCCAAAAACGCGACCAAUCAGGAAACCGGGAGAGAGUGACGGCAACUUUGAGUACAGCUACCGCAGAACAAUCUUGAACAGAACAGCAGAAAAGUCAGGCUCAGAGGAGAGACUGAGGAGAGAAAACUCAGCUAAAGGAGGUAAAAGAGAGACAGCAGAGCGCCUUAGACCAAUAGGGGCAUCUGCGGAGGAGGAAACCACUGAGGGAGUUGGCAACAUUGCGGAGAGCAAAGACAGCCGAGACAGCAAACCAGAGAGCAAUCCACAGGGCAGCUCAGAGAGGAAAUCAGACAGCGGUGAGCGCUCCGUCGAAAUCAUCAUCCAACAUCAGUCUCAGUCGGCAUCAAGCACAGACUCAGAGGAUCAGGAGCCUCACACGCUACCACCCAUCCUUUAACUUCAUUAUUUUCAGAUAAUCCAGAAGUUUGGUCAGUAAUACCCUGGGCAGUGACACUGAGUCAGAAGGCGUGCUUAGAGCAUAGCUAUACAUAUUAGAGAUCUAGGUAGCUGCUAGAGGGUGAACUGACAACUUGCAUAGACUUGUAUUUAUUUUCCCUGACUUUUAAAAGUAUUUUUCUUUAGGACGUACGACAGAAUCAAAGGUACUAGUGGCAUUUUUUUUAAAAUAUGCCUUUUUAAUUUGAGAGGUUUCCCAACUGAAGGUUUGUAAGAUUGUGAAAGAUCAAAAUAUAUCAAAUUAAAUUAAAACAAUCAAAAUAAGCAUUACAUUGGUAUGUAAUGCUUAACAUUGAUAGCACUCCACACUUUACUCUAGGUUACAGUUUGCCAGCUAGCAGUUAGUAUUCGAAAGCUAGCAAGCAGCUCAAUAACUAGCUAGCAAAGAGUCUGGAAAAGACAUUUGGAUUAAACCUGGUUACAAUGUCAGGGCAAUUAAAAGAAUGUAAUAAGAAUUAAAAAUGUAAUAAUAAGAAAAAGAAACAGUUGUUUUUUUAGUUUUGUUGGGUUUUUUUGUUUGUUUGUUUUUACGUUUUUGAAAUGUUGCAUGCUAAGACAUAGCAUUCACUGGAAAGUAUUGGAAAGUUUCAUUUUAAUGUUACUUAAAAUCUCAACGAGUAUUUGAGGCAAAUCAUGAGCCUCAUAGUUUUGUAUACAUUUUUAAACACAACAGUGAUUUUUUUUUAUAUGACUGAAUCACCUCAGUUGCUUAACGUAGUCAAAUAGUAUAAUUUAGAGAGCUAAUGUACUAAGGAAUGCUAGACGAUACAUGCAUAAAGUAGCAUCCCUUACUCUCAUGAAGUGAUAAAGCAGUGAAAUAUCUGCACAUUAACUGUGACACAACAGUUAAAUAUAGGGUUUGUUGCAGGAAUACCUGGUAUGACGUUGAAUUUUUUGGGAAAAUGGGGAAUAUGUUGUGUCCAUAUAUGUCCAUUUACAGAGCGCCAAUAUGGUGGCUUAGUGCUUAGUUAUCUAGGUCUCUAAUAUACAUAUACUUUAUUCUGACUCAUACAGACCUUGCGCCGAUCCUGUGAUGUACCUAUGAGGUAGAAAAAAACCUUUCUGGAAAAGGAUAAUUAGAAAUCAAGCUACACUAAAACCUGCAUCACUCAUAUCCUGCAAGGUCAAACUGUCAGCGUUAUCCUUUAGCACCUUUUUCUUACCAACCAUUGCUUUGAAGCAUUAAUUUAAUCAUUGUUUGAUAAAUGGUGUAAAAUCAUUACCCUGUUAUAUGUUAAAACUUAACAAGGAUAGAAAAGAAAGCACAUUUCUAGCUUGGACGUUAUAUAUCAGCACUAAAAAGUAAUCAGUCAGUUAAUCCUGCGAAUUCCACAUGGAAAACCAACACAUCCUUCUGUAUUACACUGCAUAAUGCUCUCAUGUGGAUAUCUACCAGGUUUGAUUGUCCCUCUGGUUUUUAUAUUUACGCAUCCAUGUGCUUAAUGACAUUUUUUACACAGAUAUUGUUCAUACUACUUUUAAUGGAGUUCAAGCUGAAUACCAAAGGAACCAUAAUGUACAAUAUUGUCUGCAUGAUUUAAAACAGUUUAUAUUCUGUUCCCACUUUACCGCUUCUGUAUUUUUUUUUUUUUGGUUAGGUUAAGUUUUGCUUUUAGGAACAGUAGUGCAAUGAGACUGAGCCAAAAGAGAUUACUGAGAGUUAAUGAGAGGUAUUGAGAGUUAUUGAGAGUUAUAACAGUGGUUGUUAUUUGUGUUCCUCUAAACCACACCUGAUUCUGUUAAUGAGCAGUUGGAAGAACUGGAGCUGGGAAGGCCUGCUAUACAAUAACACCUGUAUUAUUUGUUCUGAAUGUGAACUAUUUGAUCUGAUUUGAUAAAUUAACUUAAGACAUGAUGAUCAGGGUGGACAUAUCACUAGCACAAGCGCCCGGGACAUGCAGAUUCUGUGUUCAGUUUUUUAAUUUGGCGUCGUUACAUAAUAGGGGUGCCAUUCAGCCCUGGUUACUCUCAAAAAAUCCAUGCAUUUAACCUUUCGACCUAUCUCAGGCAUCAAUAUCUCAUUUUCUACAUAGCGUGUUAACUGAUGGCUGCAUUUUGCCCUUAAAAGCAUAACAGGGUUUAGUUUUUUAGCAAACACAGAGAAUGUACGUAAUUAAUAACAUUCUAAUAACUUAAUUUUUUUUGGAAUUUACUUUCAAUCUAUAUUUUGGAUAGCACAGUUGUACGUUUUAAAUCGGCCUCAUCAGUCAAUACAAUCAAUUAUUAUCAAUACACUAUAGAUGAAAAGAAAAAAGAAUGGGAGAACUUACUUUUUUUCUUCCCAUGAUCUUCAGGAAAAUCAGAACUGUCCAAAUAUUUCAUAGGGGCGAAUGUGUUCAGGUAACAGGCUUGAGUGAAUGGUAUGGAAUUAAAAUAUACAUUUUUCAUAAUCUGUAAUGGAUGACUUGUUGAUAAGGAAGUUUCAAGCAUGAUGUGUUAAAUGGAUUCAGACAAAAAAAAAGUUUUUUGAAGUAUUUUAAGGGUUAUAUUUUGAGGUAAAGACAGGCCAUUUGCGUCCCAUUGAUGUUACUGUUACAAAUAUUUAUGUGAAAUAAUGGUAAAGGUUUAACAUGGUAACAUUUACCAUUUUUAAAGUUAAGUAAAGUGUGUUUUAUAACAACCUCUGUGCAUGUUUCAGAAAAAUAACCUAAACCAUUUAUAAAACCUGCAAAAUCUAUAGCACUUAUCUACAGAAAACAGCAUUUUGCCUGUCUUUACCUCAAAAUAUAACCCUUAAAAUACUUCAAAAAACUGUUUUUUUGUCUGAAUCCAUUUAACACGUCAUGCUUGAAACUUCCUUAUCAACAAGGAAGGAUUGCCUAACUGCCGCUGUUGGGAGAAAGUGGUUUAUCAGCUCAGCAGCUCAUUUUACUCUGUACACUUUGAAUACAUAUGUAUGUUUAAACGUAACAUGUUUUCAUUGCUUCAUGUUUCACAGUGGAGCAACACAAUACUAGCGUGCGCUACUCGCUACCCCUCUGCGCAACACACAUCAACCAAGGAUGUGUUUUGCUCAUUGCUAGGAACUAUUUUGGCAGGUUGAAUUAAUUAUUUAAACUAUACAGCCAAAAGUUUGUGGACACUUGACUUUUACCCCAAUAUGUGAGCCUUCCCCAAACUGUUGCCACAAAGUUAGAAGCACAUAAUUGUAUAGAACUUCUUUUAUUCUGUAGGAUUACAAUUUCCCUUCACUGGAACUAAGAGGCUCAAACCUGUUCCAGCAUGACAUUGUCCCUGUGCACAAAGCGAGGUCCAUGAAGACAUGGUGUGUGAAGGUUGGAGUGGAAGAACUCGAGUGUCCUGCACAGAGCCCUGACCUCAACCCCACUGAACACCUUUGGGAUGAACUGGAACACCGACUGAACCCCAGACCUCCUCACCAACAUCAGUGCCUGAUCUCACUAACGCUCUUGUAGCUGAAUGAUCACAAAUCCCCACAGCCACGCUCCAGAAUCUAGUGGAAAGCCGUCCCAGAAGAGUGGAGCUUAUUAUAAAAGUAAAGGAAGGAAUAAAUCUUGAAUGAGAUCUUCAGGUGUCUACAAACUUUGGCCAUAUAGUUUACUUCACAAUUAACUUGUACAGAUGUUUUCUGAUUCAGCAACACACAGUGAGACGUGGAAGUGAUGAUAAACCCAAGCAAUAGACAGAACAGUACAACUGUCUUAUAACUCCACUAAUGGCAUGCUGGGUGAAAAAAAAAACAAGACCGUCAAAGACAUUAUCAA